UGGUCUCUCGCUCUUCAACCAUUGACCAAAAUGACUUUCCUCGACGACUAAUCAUUCACACAUCAAGGAGUAAUGCCUCCUUAUAACCCCCGAAGAAACACGGUCAUAAGGCAGUACAAAACUUCAAAUAAUUUCCUCUUUAUUACAGAACUACUCUUCUCUGACUGCCAUCAAUGGCUUCUCCAUACAGGGCUUCUGACAUACGAAGAGGGAAUAGUGUACCCAAGCCCAUAAAUCCUCAUCAGCAGGUCCUUGAGGUGGCACCUCUCAACAGUGUGCCAUAUAUUGGUCCUCCUGCUCCAUUUGGUGAUAGGGUUGGAUCUUCAACCCCUGGAGUUCAAUCUCAAAUGCACAGGGUAGAAUCUCCAACCCAAGGGGAUGUGGAUACUAAACCUGCAGAAGCUGGGUCUUCUAUGGUAUUUUUCCCAUCUCAGACAACUCAAAAGGUGUUGGAUGAUAUCAUGGAUUCUGCCAGAAAUGGAAUUGGGCUGGCUGGGAGUGCUGCAACGGGAAAUGUGGGACCAAUUGUGGGUGCAAUGGACAUUGGCGAAAGCGAUGAUGCCUACUUGUUUCGAGUCUCUCUUCCUGGAGUUUCAAGGGAUGAAAAUUUCAGUUGUGACAUUGAUCCUGAUGGCACGGUGUUCAUAAAAGGAGUGACCACGACUGGCGAGAGUACAGUUUGCAAGCACUCUCAGAUCUUCAGAAUGCAAACACGGAAUCUAUGUCCUCCUGGUCACUUCUCCAUCACCUUUCAGCUACCUGGUCCAGUUGAUCACCAACAGUUCAAAGGUAAUUUUGGCAUUGAUGGGAUGCUCGAGGGGAUUGUAAAGAAAAGGUGAUGGUAUAGUAUCUUGGAUUUCUUGUUUCUUCAGAUCAGAUAAAUCCUUUGCCUAUUUUACUUACCAAGAAGAAAGGACCUUAUGAUUUUUGGGUUCCAGUACAACCUUAAGCCUCGGAUUUUUGUGGAUUAGCUUGUUGAGAGAAGACACCAUACCCCCACAUGCCUUUUGAGAAGAAGUGAAUUUCAAUAACGAUUGACAAAUUCGCGCAGCUGUAACCUUGUAAUUUUGUUAAAAUGGUUUAUUGAGUCGAGAACAUGCUAAAAUUAGCAAACAUUAGAGAAUUUCGUUUGUUCCAUUUGCUGCAUGUUCUUUCACAGAGCCUGGUCGAGAUGCGAGAUAAUGUUUCUCGUGUACAUUUUAUUUAUGAAAUUAAACCAGCAGUUAAAAGAAA